AUGGCGGACGACUCGAAAGGCAAAGGCAAAGCGACGGUGCCAUCUUCCUCUUCCACCACAGCUGCGACGUCGGCCUCGGCUGAGGGCCCGCAGCCAACACCGUCGACAGGCAACAAUGGCGGGGCGGGCAAAGCAGCACAAACGCUAGCAUCGGCGUUACGAACGAGUAUGGCCUCUUCGCAGCUUGGAUCUUUGAUGCAGAGCGUAAGUGGUGGAAAGGAGGGCUUCCAAGCGCCUUCGACUAGCGCGGGAGGAGGAGGCGAGUUGCGAGAUUGGUUGGUGCAAGAUAUGCGCUCCGCUGCGCCGGCUGCUUCUACUGCGAGUGCGGGUGGCUCGGGGCUCAGUGGAUUUCGUAGCGCUGGCAUUGCUACAGAUCGCCAAAGGGAGGGGGAGAAGAUGUUUGAUAAUUUCCAGCGGGGCUUGACACUCCACGACGGAGUGAGAGCGGCACAAGGGGCGAGCGAAGGCAUGGGAGGAGGGGCGAUAGAGCACAGUUGGGACGCGGCGCAGCAGCAGGGGGAACAAGUGGGGUGGCAGACGACGGGGCUGGAUCCGUCAACGGCGAGAGCUCUGCAUUCGUAUACCGAGCUAGAUAUGCCGCUGUAUGCGUCUGUUCGAAACGACCAUGCACGCAGCAAUCCCGUUCGGCACACAAUCCCUGUCCAACAAGAACAAGCACCACCAGCCGUAUCCGCGCUCGCGCAGACGGACGACAUCUUCGCACUGCUCGACGCCGAGCAACAGUCCCCGCAACCCGAACCGGCCUCUUCCCACACAGCAGACGCUGACCCCAUCUCGCAAUUCGACCCGCACUACCGCCCCCCAUCGCCCUCGCACGCUUCGUUCACACGCGAGCAAGCAGCGCUGCACCUUGCGCUCUCCGAGACGCAGUCCUCCGUGCAAGCGCAGCGCGACCUGCUCAUCCCGCGCCCAGACAACCCUGCCACUCGCGAAGGCGUCUAUGCCCCAACCGCCGAAGCUGCGCUUGCGAGCAUUUUUGACUCCACCGGACGGGAGGAGUCGACCGACGUGACAGAAACGGAGGUGCAAAGCAGGGGAAGAGAGGUGGUCCGCAAAAUCACACGCUACUUUGGCGCGACGAGCUACGUGGAUGAUGUGUACGGGGAGUCACCCGUGUUGCGCGAGACCAUCGAGGAGGUGGUCAAGAAGGACACGACGGAAGAAAAUCGGCUGAAGGCGGUCAGGAGGUUGGAGAGCUUGUGGGGGCAUUUGAGCAAUACAAAGCCGCCCAGUGAGGGAACGACAAGGGGCGCAGAUUGGGUCGAUUCUUGGCUGCUCAAGAAUACCUAG